GAGAAGCAAGCGGUCAGCAACAUUCAUCUCUGGAGGGGGUGUCUUACUCAGUGUUAUGGUGUGUUUGACCCUAACUUAAUUUUACACCGGAAUAUCCCUUUAAUGUUUAACGUUGAGCCCUCCAGUCCAGUAGGUGGCAGCAGUUCACCUCUAAGCAUUAACCGUCAUUGAGCUCCAACAGUGAGGGGAAGAAGAGUGUGAAAAGGCGGAACAAGAGGCCACGACAGGGAACAAAGGACGACCGAGUGAGUCUUCAUACAUUUUAACGCAACAAAAUAACUUCCAGCACCGUUAUUUACAUUAUUUAUAACCGUUGUGUAAAUGAUUUCGGAGCUAAACGUGUUUAUCUGUCGAUAUUUGUGUUUGGUUACGGUCUCUUAUCUCCAUGUGUUUGACGUUAAUAAGAGCUCGUUGCUCAUGUUAGCUUGUUUGUUGCUAACGCGAGUUUAAUUCAAACCGUCGGUAGAUUCUCAACAACUCCAGGAGUGAGAAACUGUCAGUUUUGGUCUGUAUUUAUGUGUUUCUAAACGAAAAGAACCAAAUGAAGUUAACACUUCCUCUUUAUAACACCAUAGUUCGGAUAUUUUGAGGAUAAAAUCGUCAGUUUCUUCGCGUUAAGGCUAACAGGAAGGCCAGACCGGGGUGUUAGCUCUCUGAGCCUCGGUGUUGUUUUACUCCUUUAGUGAUCGGUUUUAAUCUUUUACAUGUUUACCCUUUCUUUCACUAAACAAAUGAAGUCUUUUUACAUGUUUCUAAGCUGAUUGUUGUGUGACUCAUAAUGACUUUUAUCUUCUUAUCUUGUGCAGGUUAACAGCAUGGAGACAGUCUGCUCUCGUUAGUCAAACAAAGCGACGAUGUCAAGUAAGAAAACAUGAACGAUUUUUGUUGAUUAAGUUCCUUUGUGUUAGACUAUAGAACACUGGGGUUGAUUUAAAGGAGAAAACAAACAGGUUUCAGUUGAUUUCAUUAUUAGCUCUUAACCUUGAUGUGGACCAGAGUAAAGCCGAAAACACACAGGAUCAGUAUUGAGCGCGUCUCUGCUCCGUAGAGCAGCGCUGUCUAUCGGAUACAGGAUCAGCGUAUUUGGAGCGUAGCAGCAGCGUAGUGCAGCCCGGUCAGCUGGGCUCAGUAUUUAGAGGGAACAAAGUGUUCACAACAGAUUGUUUUUCCUUUUUAUGGUCUAUUUACUACUAAUUUGGAUAUAAUUCAGUGCAUGGGAAAAAAGUAACAUGAUUCCUACAGUUUGGGAUUUUGCAGGUUUACUGGUGUUUACUCAAGUAAACUAUGUUCCUUUAUGCUGUGCUAGUGACGGGCUGCACUAUAGGUUAGUGCCAGCAAAUCCUAUGGAGCUGUGGACAAACUUUACAAAUUAAUGACACAGAAUAUAAAUGUUUGUGCUCGUCCUCUUUUUUUUCUGUGCAGCUCCGUUUUUAAAAUUUUUUGGGGGGUUCAUGUUUUCUAUGAUUGACACUUGAUACAGCCUAUGGACUUACAAAGAUUGCAUAGCGCACCAGCGGGAUAGGCAGUUUGAGCCGAGCGUCAUCACAACGGCUCUCGGCGUCUCUCCCUCCAAAUGCGCACAACGCUACUGCGCAAUGUUGGUUUCAGGAAAAAAACAGAAAGAUUCAGUGGAGGGGUGCUUUCUGUAUCCAGUUCUAACCAAUUUGAAGACACAAUUUGUUUUAAAUAUUUAGAUAUUAAAAAGUUAAUAUCUGCAUGAAUGUAAAUUUGAAGAUAAUGGUGUUUUAUACCUGAGUGUGAUACCUGCUUCCUUUAGCUGUUCCCUCAAAUCUACAUAGUUUAUAAGUAAAUGCUUUAUUUGAUCAUUCUGCGUCCCUCACAUGAAAUAUCUUAGACACAAAUGCACUUUAAUGAGUUAUAUCUUUUAUUAAUGAGGCUCCACCAUUAUCUCACUUUGUUUAUUUAAAUUUUAAAACUAUCUGUAAAAAGCUGAUUAUGCAGAUGAAGAAACCAGACUGGAGCAGUGAUACCGACCCGAAAUGAUAAUGUUUCCUGUUUUCUUUCACAGAACGACCAUCCUACGCCCCGCCCCCUCCCCCCGCCCCGACAACAGUAAGUGUCUGACUCUCAGGUCUUGGUCACAGAGUCCAGAUUUUAGCGGACUCCUCCUUUUUCUUCUCCUUCUUCUCUCCUUCUGUCUUGCUCCUUCUGACUCUGUAUUUAGCUUUUAACUCUUCCCUUCUGUUUGAACACAAAGUUUACUGCAGAUCGGGUCAGCUUUCCAUCAUCGCUCUCUCACUCCUGCUUUUUUACCUGUCAUACCACCACAUAUUUGCUACUGGGGAACACAUUUCUUUGGUAUCUGCUUUAAAGGAUAUUGUUUAGAAGUAAGCAAAUGUGUGUGAAGUGACAGAGCAGACACACUUGUUUGGUGUUUUCUUACUCUUAACAUUCAGCAGCAGGGCACAGCAUCGUGUGAACAGCGCUGAUGAAAUGCAAACUCUGCUUAUUAAGGACUUGAGAUGUUGUGCACUCACUCUGAAUGGCAGCCUGGCCGCCUGGCGUUGCCUUAUUUUCUUUGCCUUGCAUGGUGACUUCAUGAAAAACAAACAAGCGAACCAGUAUACAUAUAUUUUCACGUUUCUCCCCUUGUCACUUAUUUAUGUUGAUCCCUCUUCCUCCUCUUGUUUGUGAGCCAUUUCUCAUUCGUGUUUUGUCUCAUUUGUCUUCCAUCAGCAAAUGCCUUCCACCCCAGGGUUUGUGGGCUACAACCCUUACAGCCAUCUGGCCUACAACAACCUCCGGCUGGGAGGGAGCUCCGGAGGCUCCAGCAGGGUAAUGAACUGAUGGAGGGAUUUGGAUAAAUAAGAGGAGGACGUAACAGGGGGUGGUCGGGUGCAGGAUCACAGGGAGGGGACAGAAAUGAGAAGAAGCUGGUUAAGAAGCUGCUCAGGUUCAAAAAUUCAUUAAAGGGUUAUUUCACUAUUUUUCAUCUUGGCCCUAAUCUUUCACUUUUACAGAUCUGUAUUUGUUUUUUCUUUUGCAGGCAGGUUCAUGAUAAUUUUCUGUCUCAUUACAGACAAAAUCUCUGCAAAUAUAAAGUUUUCUUUAUCAUUUCAUGAUCCUCUCUGAAACCCGCAGACUUCAUUAACAGAAUCAGCAUUUUCCAUGCCUCAGUACGACCUAGACAAACGCCAUUUCGAUUCAAAAUCUGACAUUCAAACAAAAACACCCGUCCAUGUACAAGCACCUUAAACGCACCUUCAUGUUAAUCUAUUUAUUUUAUUUAACACUGUUAAAAAAUAUAUUGUCACCCUAUUAAGAAAUGGCCUGAGUCAUUUUUUGACAAAAAUGAGUUCUUUGCCUAAAUCAACUCUUGACAUGAUUUUAGGGAGCUCACAGAGUUUAUUUGAAGCCUCCAUCUAAAUACAAUUAUAAAAAAUGAACACAAUAUUACACAAAAAUUUGAAGUUGACGCGCAAAAAGUAUUAAAAAGAAUGAUUAAAUAAUUUUGAACUGACAGUAACAUUAAAAACAUCAACAACAAAAAUUAGUGGUUUUGUACUUCUGAACUCCUUCAGCAUGUGUUUAGAAAAACCGAUCAGCUGGAGUUUUUGUUACCGUAAAUACUGUAGAAAACAGCCAUAGAUUCCACUCUGCACUUUUAAUAGAGAUAAUAGAGACAAAAAACGAAGCACCUAAAAUCGAACACCUGGAAACAAAGAAAAGAGACCUGCCUUUAUAAAUGACUUUAACUAUGGGUGACCCCAACUUGAUUUUCCGAUAUUUAAUCCUAAUCUUAUACCUGGAUUUGUUUAGACAUUCGAGCUCCACAUUUCAAAAGCUCUAAAUGACGUAAAACGCGUCUCUGUUAUCAGGCACAGAGUGGUUUUACUCUGGAGUUUAAAAUCUCCCUCUCUGCAAACACGUGAACCAUGUGGUCGUAAAUAUGAAAUUACUUGAGUGUACGACUCCUGACUGAGGUGAGAUGAUGAGCUGAAUAUCUGAGAGCUGAGACUGUAAAUUUUACAGCCAGUGAGAAACUGUAGAGCUGAUCUAAAACAACAUCUCUGUCUCUAAUAAUCCUGUUUUUAGUAUCCACUGACUGAGUAUUUCGGCCUUUCUGCUGUUAUUGUUAAUAGAAAGGGGUUUUAUAGUUCAGUCUAGUUAACUUUAAUGACAGAUAGGAGACUCUGCCUGUUCCGGGUCGGUCUAAUGAUGAUAUUUUUCCUCAUUUUCUAAGUUGGAAUGUUUUUCUCUCAUUUGACGGCCUCUAAAAAGUCAUUUACAUCUCCGCAUGCAUGUAAAUGAACUCACAUGCAUUAAAAAAAAAGGUUCAUGCUGCUCUUAAAAAAACACUCAGAAGCUUGUUGGGGUCAUGCUGGUUUACAUUUACAUGUCUUAAAGUCUGUUUCAUAAGCUUUUGGAUGUUGAGACCGUAAUCAGCUGAUGUUGGAUGAUCUCUCUCCUCUCUCUUGACCCCCGUCCCCACCUGUGUCUCUGCUUUCUUUUCAUUUCUGUCUCUUUAUUCACACGUUCCUCCCCCUUUCUUCUUCUCUCUCUUCCUCCCACAGAACUCCUCAGGCAUCACCGUCCCAAAGCCUCCCAAACCUCCAGACAAGCCCCUGAUGCCUUACAUGCGGUACAGCCGGAAGGUAAGCAGGAAGGUAAGACACCCAUCCACGGUGUCUGCUUUUACUGCUUGUCCUCCCAUCCCCCGAACAGUUGCAGGGGUGUUAGGGUGGGAAACAGCCGAGCCAUGACGCCUUCACCACCACCUCAGCCGCCUAGUGGAGCCUCUCUACUCUGUUGGCUCUCAGUACCCUCCUGUGUUUGUCAACCUAUAAAAAAAACUACAACCUCUAGUUGUGUUUCUAACAGCAUGAUCUACUCCUGUCCUCGUUUCCUCCUCCUCUCUGCCUGUCGCUUUACGAUAAAAUCCUCUCUGUAGACUCCACAAAACUGGUGAUUCUUUCGUAGAGAUUUGAUAUUUUAUUCCACCCUGACUUCUGCAACACUUCGGGCUUCAUGCCAGUUAAGUUUAGUCCUCAGAGUUGGUGUUAAAGUACAGAUAGAUCCUCCACUUUGCACUUUUCCUCCUUUAUUUCCCUCACUGUCUGGUAGCAACUGAACUGAACUUUUGAACUGCACCUGUGAGUGACCAGAUGUCAUCUGUGUGUGCGUGUGUGGGCCGAUAUUCCCGCUUCUGCAUGUGCGUGUUUUGUUUGUGCGCACAUGAAAGGUAUGGGACCAGGUAAAGGCGUCCAACCCGGACCUGAAGCUGUGGGAGAUCGGGAAGAUUAUCGGGGGGAUGUGGAGAGACCUGACCGACGAGGAGAAACAGGACUACCUGAACGAGUACGAGGCUGAGAAGGUGAGGGGGUUCAGGAAUCCGUCGGGACUUCCUUUAGUGCUUUUGGAGCUCACAAGUUGUUAACCGAGUUUUCCUUCCUUCACAGAUCGAGUACAAUGACUCUCUGAAGGCCUACCAUAACUCUCCUGCGUACCUGGCCUAUGUCAACGCCAAGAACCGGGCGGAGGCUGCGAUGGAGGAGGAGAGCAGACAGAGGCAGAGUCGUAUGGACAAAGGCGAGCCGUACAUGAGCAUCCAGCCCGCCGAGGACCCCGACGGUCAGUUUUGUUUAUUCGACUCUUGCGUGAUCCCUCUCUCAGUCCGCUCACUGUCCCCUCUCUCUCCUCCUCCUCCGUCCAGACUACGACGACGGCUUUUCCGUGAAGCACACAGCAGCCGCUCGCUUCCAGAGGAACCACCGGCUCAUCAGCGACAUCCUCAGCGAGAUCGUGGUGCCUGACGUCCGCUCAGUGGUCACCACCGCUCGCAUGCAGGUCCUGAAGAGGCAGGUCCAGUCCCUCAUGGUGCAUCAGGUACGACCCACCUGUGAACCUGUUCAUUUAAAAAACACUAAUGGACACUCUGACUCACCUGAUCAUUGUGCAUGUUUCAGAGGAAGCUGGAGGCGGAGCUUCUGCAGAUUGAGGAUCGUCACCAAGACAAGAAGAGGCGCUUCCUGGAGACGACGGACACGUUCAACACCGAGCUCAAGCGCGUACGUGUUCACUGUGAAAUGUAGUUUUUCACGCUUAAUCACUUUGUACUGAAGCUGCUGUUUUCCUGCUUCUCCAGCUGUGCAGUCAGAAGGUGGAGGUGGACAUGGAGAAGCUGGCGGCAGAAAUGGCCGCCGCGGAGGAAGCAGCCCGACGCCGCGCCGAGGAGAGAGAGCGCGAGGCGGCCGAGCAGGCGGAGAGAGCGGCUCAGCAGGCGCAGCAGCAGCAACAGCAGCAGGAGGCAGCUGGAAACAAAGCUACAGAGCAGAGCAGCGCUAAUGCUAAUGCUAACAGCUCUGCCAACCCCCCCUCAGGGACCAAGGAGGAGGACAAGCCGACGCCCAUGGAGACAGGUACUGGUUCUGGUUCUGGUUCGAGUUCAUGUCUCAGUUUUUAAAAAUAACAACAGGGUUCGAAUAAACGGAGACUUUAAACUAAUCUCUCACCUCCCCUCCUCAGACGAGGCUCCCCCGGCAGAGUCCUCCUCAGACCCCCAGCCUGCUCCUCCUCCAUCCGACCCCCCCUCCUCGGCCUCAGAUAAAGCCAGCCCUCCUCCUGAGCCGCCCAGGGAGACCAGCACUCCUGUCAGCAGCGCCCCCAGUGAGGACAGCAGCAGCAGCAGCAGCAGCAGCAUGCCUCCUCCCCCCUCAGAGAGCCUCCCCCCUGCAGCCGCAGCCCCAGCACCGCCUGAACCUCCCGCAGCUCCGGAAGCCACCGCCGCCGCGCCUCCUCCGCCUCCCCCUGCCUCAGAGGAACCGCCUCCUCCACCGCCACCGCUGCUGCCCCCCGGCCAGAGCGGGCCGCAGUACGACAUGUAGUCCGAUAGAAACACAGUGGUAGCCGUAGAAGCCCCCUCCCUCAGUGUCCUGUUAUCCUGAGGAGACGAGCUGAAAAAAAAAAAAAGAUUAGCAGAGUUUUCAGGAGCAAACAUUUCAUCUGAGUACGUUUCCUUUAAAUUUACCCAGCAUGCCUGGUUCCUAAAAUAAAAACUUCACCAAAGAGGGCGACACCUGACCCGACCGACUCUGUGCUGCAGACGUCCUAACGUCCACUCCUCUCCUCAGCCACGUCACAUGAGCUAUACAGGUAUCUCACUCAGUCUCUGCUCCCUGCAGCUCCACUUUCACGUCUACAUCCACUGUUAGUCUGAGAACGAGAGGACCACGACUUUAUCACACUUCAUGGUAAACUUAUAGAAACUGAUGAACGACAAACUCACACUGACGUAAGUAAGUUAUUUGCCAGAAGGCGUCAUUUACACUGCAGCAGCUAAAGCCGUCUUUGUUUACCAAGAGCGUGAGCGUCGCCGUAGCUUUGGCAGAAAGAGUUUGUGAGAUUUCAGAAAUAAUCGAACCAAACGACGUUGACAGAAACACGUUUUACGAUUUGUUUCUCGUCUUAUAGACCAGACAAAGAUUGAACUUCACAAAUCUGCAUGUUUUCAGAUCCGAUCAUUCAGAUCUCAUUUCGCCGUACGGGGUCGAUUCUCGACGAUUCAGACGUGACUCGCCAGAUUCAAGUCGAGAGGUGCUCCUCAGCCGAAAACCAAACAGCGUCAAACUUCCAUCAGGCUGAAGUAGCUGGAAGCAGCAGGAAAGUUCCUCCUAACUUCCAUCCACGUCCAGAUCAGCACAAACGUCUUUAAACCCCCGCUGUGUCGACGUUCAAUCGUUCAAUCAGCCCCUCACUUUUUCUGAUAUACAACCACAGCUGCAAACCUUCGAGGCGUUCGUACUUGACGCCUCUUUUUUAGACUGUUUAAACUCUCCGCCUUCUCCUGUUAAUAAAGGGCAACUUCGCAUGAAAAGACCUCAACCUCGAACCCCUCCUCCUGUUUCAAACCUCCAGACUUUUGUAGUUUUCAGAGUUGGUGUGAUCUGCAGAACCACUGCUGUUCCUUCUCCUUUUUGUUUUCUAGAGAUCUAGUGGAAACUUUUUAGAGGAAAUAUAACCUUCUUAUUAAACCUGUACCUUUGAACCUGACGCUGUUUCAGUUCAUCCAAGGUGUGACUCUAGCAUGGAGAGGGGCACAUUUUAUCAUGUGUUCUGCAUGCAAUAAGAUAUACUCAACUGAAUCCUGAAAGUGUUUGAAGAGUAGGACUAAGGAUAAAACGAAGUAUCAGCAUGUCUUAAAGGUGCUUGAAUAAUCUGAGGAAGAAUCCAAGCCGUGGUCCCUCCUGUAUUUAUCACGUUUUCAGUCGGUAGGUAAACUGUCAGAGCUUCUAUCAGGCUGCUUUUUAAAGGUGUAAGUGCACACGCUCCCUCCUCCAGAUGUAACCUCAGUCACUCAAGCAUUUAAAGGACUGUUUUCUUACUUGAAGUGGACUGUUUUUAGUAAUAUGCCUCUGUUUUUGCAUCUUUCUUUUGUACUGUCUUAACUUACUGACCCUAAUAAAAAAGAUUCUUCAGUCUUUUUCAACUCGU